ACUAUUUACGGGCUGGUCACGUGAUUAAGAACGGUUUAUAAUUUAUACGUUUAUUCAAAUUUAAGAAGAACACUCAAUCGAUUUGCAGUUAUAAGAUACUGUAUGUGUAAUUUAGUGCUGUAAAAGCUUAAAGUGAUUACUUUCUUUUGAAAUAUAAUGGGAAUAAUAAAAGUUGUGAUAAAUCUACAAGGGAAGUAAUAAUUAAACUUCGCCGGAAAGAAUGGUCUUAUAAAAAAAUAGCCGACCAUUUGCAAUGAUCAAAAACGAUGGUUUUCGAAAGCGUUUUGCAACGUAUCAAGCUUCUUCGAAUAAUCCAGGUAUAUCUGACAGUCAAAUACAACUCAUCGAGAUGACCGAAACAUCUUUCGUAUGGCAAAACAAAAGCCUUUUUAAGGGUCAAACUAGCUGAAAGAAGAAUAUUUUGGUGAUAAUUACCCUUCAGAAAUCUCAGCACGAAAGGAUAGCAAGGAAGGUACCCAUGUCGAAACUUUGCGACUGCCGAGCCGAGCCCAGCUUGCAUUUGGGAGAAAGUAUGAAAAGCUGGAUUGCGCGACAAUGGAUGGAUGUAUUUUUUUCUACCGAAACGAAAAUUAACAGAAUAAGUUCUGAUAUACUACGAUAUAUACGAUGUCCUCGGAAUACGGCAUUCGACCAUAAGUACAAUAAUGUUACAUUAAAGGUGGAAACGUGAAAAUUUGGGCGUGCUUUUCUGAACACGGUGUUGGAAUUGUAAAGUUGAAAGAAGGUAACAUGGAUCAAUUGCAAUUCAAAAAUAUACUUUUAGACACAAUGUUACCUUAUACUUAAGACGUUGUAUUGGUUUUUUCGUUAUUUCAACACGACAAUAAAUCAAAGCACACUGCACGCACGUAAGGAAAUUUCUUGCAGCGUAAUCAGUUUCUGUCUUAGACUGGCCAUUUAAGAGCCCAGACCUAAACCCAAUGGAGUAUCUAAAGGUCAAAUACACAGUGCGGCAAUUUAAGAAAGCCCUAAAAGGUUUUUUUAGAUGAAUGGAAAUCUAUUUCUCUAGCCACAUGUCAAAAAUUAAUAGAAUCAAUGACUCCGAAUAUAGAAUCAAUGACCGUGUAAAGCAGGAAUUAAAAUGUUAUUACCUUCAAUUUUAUUUAAAAAUGUAUGAAAUUUUUUCUUAAAUGUUUCACCUUACAUAUUAUUGUGAUUUAUUUAAGUGUAAAUGUUGUAAAGUGUUUAAUAAAUCGUUCUUAAUUAUAUGCCCAGCUUCAGUACUAUUAGAAUGUGUUGCUUUGGUACUCGUAAAAUAAAUUAAAUUUUAGGAAAAUAGUUCAAACUAUUUUUUAUUUAUUCCUAGGCCACGUUGCUGUAUUCAUGUGGCUAUUUUAUGACAUGAAGUUGAUUCUCAGAAGGUAUACAUCUCUGCAUAUGACAUUAUUUAAAUAAAAACUUCUAGAAUUUCAAAUCGUUCUUAAUUAUAUGACCACACCUGUAUAUAUUUUAUUCUUACUGUGCAUAUCUAUUAGACGAGGUGUAGUGUCUGGUGAUGGUCGCGAUGAACUACCGCCGAGCUUCGCUCAGGCUCUUGCCGCUCAGUCGCUCAGCGCGCAGCCGCUCAGUGCGCAGCCGCUCAGCGCGCAGGCGCUCAGUGCACCACCGCACUCGCCGGCUGCCGCCGCACGAGCAUUGCAGCCCUUCACAAAUCAUUCACACGGUUCGAUGUCCGGCAGCUACACGAACCUUUUCGAAGUGAGCGAGAACGCGCGGCACGCCUACAUGAACUGCUCGCUCGAUCUCGACCCCGUGCCCCUUCAAGAUUAACUCUGUCGCCUCCGCAGACGUGUGCGUGAGCGGCGC